AUGACAGCCCCAUCAUCCAACACCCACACGGCGGUUCACGCGCCCGACCUCAACUUAGCAGACCUCCCCCACGAAAUCCUCCUCCUAAUCCUCUCCUCUCUCCCGACCGCCUCCGAUGUUUCUCACCUCGGCCUCACCUGCCGCCGUCUGCGGCAGCUCGUGACAUCCGAGGGGUGGAGGGCGUUUGUGAUUGCUAGGUUUCCCUCGCUUGUGCAGUCCAUCCCUGCCCCUGCCUCAUCUAAAGAACAGAGUCGAUAUGGAUGGCAAGAAGUAGCAGAGAGUUUAACCUGGCAAAGCCGCUGCUGGGAUAAACGUUCGCUGAAUUUUUGCGCUAUCUACCCAUCUUCUUCUUCCGAUACCCACCAACUGCGUACCCGUGGCGGGCAAAACCAGAACCAACAGGGGGGACAGUCACAAAGGGGGAACAUCUUCCAAUCAGUAGUCGACACGCAUUUUGAUUUUGCCACAGGAAGGGAAUUACUUGUAUGGGGAGCGGGCGAAGACUUGGUAGCGCGACGAAGAGACUGGGGAGGUGGACAGAAGAAGAGUACUGGUAAGAGCGCGCCCAGGUUUAGUUGGUUUAAAGCCAGUGGGCAGGAGGAGGGGUUUAGGAAGGGGUAUGAUGAUGUUAGGGCUUUGCAGGUUGUGAGGGGUGAUGUGCCCCUUCCUCUUUUUCCAAGGGAUUCAGGGGAGGAAGAAGAAAAGGAGGGAAAGGGGGAACAACUAAAUGGAAAGGGAUAUGGAAACGGAAGCGGAAGUAGAAGGGGAUACGGAAAGGCGGUGGUGGUGGGGAGAGAUAAUGGUGACUUGGCCUUGGUCGAGGCGGAGGGGGAGAGGUUCGGGAAGAGGAUUGUGAGGUUUAGGCCAAGAGAGAGAGAGGAAGGGAAAAGCUUGGAAAGCUUCGUGCAGGAUACGAUUAAUAGCGUGGAUGUGCUGUAUGAUGCUCCGGGCGGCAGGAGUUUGGUGGCGGCGGCGACGAAGAAGACGGUGGGGGUUUAUGCUUUGCCGGACGGGGAAGAGGAGGUAGAGGAGGACGGGGAGGUGUCGCCGGUGGUGAUUUACGAUUUACAGAGGAGUGUGUUGGACAGCAGCACGGCUCAGUUGUGCAGUGCAAAGUGGAUGGGUGGGCAGGGGAACGUGAUGGCUUUGGCUCUGAAGGGGUGUAGUGAACGGCUGCAAUACCUUUCGAUCACGGAGUCGGGAUGGACGCACCAUACUACGGCCAAGAGCAUCAUUACCUCGGGGGGGUUGGGUGGGUUGAGUAUUCCUGAUGCGGAUAUCUGCGCGAACUCGCUUUCGCCCGUUUUUGCCAAUGCGAACCAACAGAAGUCGGGCGGGACGACACUGCUUCUUUCAGGGUGGAAGGACGGUACCUGUCGCCUUCAAGACUUAAGGACAUGCUCGCCCUACGACGCCAUCUAUCAGGAUAAUAUUCAGCCGUGGGACCAUGUCGAAGCCAUCCUCACAUACGGCAACGAACGCUUCGUUGCCGGUGCUGGUAACUCUGGGGCCACGAUCAAGAUCUUCGACUUCCGGUGGCCAAAGCCUUACUUCCAUACCUCGGCUCUCCCAUGUCUAGGUCGCCAGCCGUUUCCCAAACCUCAUCAGCCGUUCGCCAAACCACCUAACGCCUCUCCCACCGGCCGUGCAAGAUGCGAUCAUCUAGCAGGUUUAGAAUGCCACUGGCACUCCCUCUCCAAACACCUCUACUACCGACCCAACGCAACCAUCUUCCUCCCGCGCGGCGUCCCCGGCCACGAACACGACCGCAACAACCAGCAUGGCUUCACGCGCGCCUGGUCCCUCGCCAAAGCUUCUGACUCAGCUCCGAACUUCUACAUUGGCGUUUCCGGUGGUGUUAUCGAAGCCAACCUCCAACCAACCCCCUCUAACCCUUCGAGACCGGUAGAAAUUGACCCGAUCUACGGUUACAACUACCCGUACUUCACCGGGCCAUUGCCAGUCACGGGUCACCCGGCGCAAUCCCACUCCACCUUCUCUCCUAAUUCCUGGAGGAACCAAACCCAAGGGCAGACAAACCAAGGCGCAGCGGAAGCGUUGUACACCACCGCUCCGAUCAAGUACUCGCUUAUGGAAACGGGCGAUGGAAAGUCAGUGGAAGCCAAUGAUAGGUCAAUUCGCAUGCCGAGGAUGAUGGGUCCCUUCGAGCCUUCCUCGGCUUUUGCCAAUCCUGGAUCUCCGUUCGGGAGGGUUCCUCCCACGGCGCCGAGGGCUGACAGAGAACGAGCUGCUGCAAUGUCAAGGGGAGGACAUGGAGGACGAGGAGGAUUUGGGCAGAUGCAGGGACAUGGAGGAGGCAACCAGGGCAACCUAGGUUUAGGCCGGAACGGAAAUGGAUGGGGGACGAAUAAUGGUAGAAAUAGAGAUGGGUCGGCUACGACACAGAAGCAGGUGUGGGGACAGUGGCAGGAGGGCGUGAAGCUGCCGACGGGUGUGAAGAGGGAACAUCAUCGGUUGGACCUGAAGUAUCAGACUACGAUUGAUUUUGGGGUGUUGUUGGAGGAUGAGGAUGAGAAGGGGAGGACUCUGACGACGGGGUUGGAAGGGGGCGUGGAGAGGAUGGUUAUUUGA